AUGGGAGAACAGAGAGGCAGCAGGCAGGGUGGUGUAGGUACGAAACAGCAGAAGAAGAAGAAGAAGAUGAAGAAGAUGAAGAAGAAGAAGAAGAAGAAGAAGAAGAAGACACACGCAGACGAGGGAAGAGGAACGAACAAGGUAGAGAAGAGGUGGAUCAGUUGGAGCACUUGGAGCACUUGGAGCACUUGGAGGAGAAGAGGAGGAGGGGUUGUCACUUGUCACAGCGAUUGA